AUGGCAUGCCACUUAGUGGAUGAGCCUUUUGCGAAUUCCACGACUCUUACCCUACCUGAUUCUCUCGAUCAAGUCCGAAUCACAAGUUUACCUCCGGCAGCUUACUACAUUUCAGAUUUCAUCACGGAAGAGGAGGAGAAGGCUAUCCUGGAUAAAAUCGCAUCCGCACCGAAGCCACGCUGGAAGCAACUAACUCAUCGACGACUGCAAACAUGGCCCUCUGAUCUUGUAAACAACAAAUUGAUAGACGCCCCUUUGCCCGCUUGGUUGAAUGAUCCCAUCGUCACUCGUUUAGGUUCUAUUCGAGUUUCGCAAGAGCCCAACUCGUCCGACAUAUUCUCUAAUAGCCCUCACCAGAAACCGAACCAUGUUCUAAUCAAUGAAUAUCCUCCCGGUAUCGGAAUAAUGCCUCACAAGGACGGGGCUGCUUAUCAUCCUGUUGUGUGUACUGUGAGCCUUGGUGCCAGCCUCUGUCUCGAUAUCUACAAAUCCAAAGACAACGGAGCUCUGGACCCCGAGCCAACAUGGCGAAUACUACAAGAACCUCGAAGUUUGCUCAUCACUACCAGCACCCUUUAUACAGACUUUCUUCAUGGCAUCGCUGAUACCACGGAAGACAUUCAACUUUCAAGAGGCACCAUUGCUAAUUGGGACCUCCUCCGAUCGCCUGACGAUUUCUCGGAUGGCCACAACAUACGAAGAACACGUACAAGCUUGACAUUUCGCGAUGUCAUGAAUGUAUCAAAAUUAGGGGGUAAACUUGGACUGCUCCGGAGAAAGUGA